UCUAGUAUAUUUGUUGUACAGUGAGUAAGAGUCAGCAGAGGAGAGGAGAGGAGCGGAACGUGGGGAGCGCAGUGCGCGGGGCCUGGGACGGGUUUACUAGUCACUCACCAUGGCGCUGCUGGGGCUGAGGCUGAGCCUGGGGCUGGGAGUGAGACGUCGCCUGUGUGUCGUUGCAAAAAACGGGUUGAAUAAUCAAUGCUCAAGUUCUCCAUGGCAAUGGCAUUCAACUUCGGCAACAGCAGCAGCAGCAGCAGCAGGACAGGUGGCUAUGAAAGAAAAGCCCCAGCUGAGAGAAAGAAAACCCAAGACUGGCAUCCUCAUGUUAAACAUGGGAGGUCCUGAAACAUUAGAUGAUGUUCAUGAUUUCUUGCUUCGACUUUUCAUGGAUAAAGACCUGAUCCCCCUUCCAGCCCAAAGCAAACUUGCUCCUUUUAUUGCAAAACGGCGUACUCCAAGGAUUCGUGAACAGUAUGACAGGAUUGGUGGAGGGUCUCCAAUUAAAAUGUGGACAGCCAAGCAAGGAGAUGGGAUGGUAAAACUGCUUGAUGAAAUAUCUCCAGAAACAGCGCCACACAAAUUUUAUAUUGGCUUCCGAUAUGUUCAUCCGUUGACUGAAGACGCAGUGGAAGAGAUGGAGAAAGAUGGCAUUGAGCGAGCAGUAGCAUUUACGCAGUAUCCUCAAUAUAGCUGUUCUACCACAGGGAGUAGUUUAAAUGCAAUUUAUCGAUAUUAUAACAGCAAGAGUAUCGCGCCAAAGAUGAAAUGGAGUACUAUAGACAGGUGGCCAACACAUCCCUUAUUAAUUCAGUGUUUUGCAGAACUUGUACAGCAGGAACUUGAUCGAUUUCCACCGGAUAAAAGGGAUGAUGUAGUCAUUUUAUUCUCUGCUCAUUCUCUCCCUAUGUCUGUUGUAAAUCGAGGUGACCCUUAUCCUCAGGAAGUCGGAGCAACUGUCCAGAAAGUCAUGGAAACAAUAAAUUUCAGUAACCCAUACAGGCUGGUGUGGCAGUCCAGGGUUGGUCCCAUGCCUUGGCUUGGCCCCUCAACAGAUGUCACCAUCAAAGGAUUAUGUGAGAGGGGAAGGAAAAAUCUGUUGCUCGUCCCCAUAGCUUUUACCAGUGAUCAUAUUGAAACGCUCUAUGAACUUGAUAUAGAAUAUGCGCAAGUUUUAGCUAAUGAGUGCGGCGUGGAAAAUAUUAGGCGAGCUGAAGCGCUAAAUGGAAAUCAUCUUUUUAUUAAGGCUCUGGCAGACUUGGUAAAUACUCAUCUAAAAUCUGCAGAAACUUCUUCCAAGCAGUUGGGUCUACGUUGUCCACUUUGUGUUAAUCCAGUGUGUCAAGAAACCAAGGCAUUUUUUGCCAAACAGAAACUUUGAAAUGCCAAUUAAAAUGCCCGGUCAGCAAAGGAGAUUACCUACGGCUACCUCGACUACCUAUAACGACAUGGCGACCCCACUACCACUGCACUACAAGUUCAAAAGUAUCGAUUUUCUCCAUGCCGACCAAUUUUUACUCGCAGAAAGGUUUUCAGCUUGUUGAAAAAAUUUCCUCGACCAAAGCGAGUAGCAACCACUAUGCGGGAACUCCUCUCCACCAUGAAGGGGACUUACCAGUGACCACCUACGACCAUGUGUCGACCAUGCUGCGAGCUUGUGGCGAGCGCAAACUCUCCUAAACGCGCAAAUAAGGUCGCCAUAGUGGGACAUGCCCUUAACUCUUGAAUUAAAUUUUUAAGAUGAAUUGUGCUGAAAAGUGAUCAGCAUUCUGUAUUAUUGUAGAAGAGCUUGACCCACCAGAGUAGGUUGUCUCUUUGAAAGCUAUCUCGUUUUCCUAUCCCUGACGGAAGAGUGCAGGACACAUGAUCUGAUGAUCCCUCACACUAUUAGCAGAUUAACAAGAGCAGUGAACACAAUGCUAACCUUAGAUUGCACAUUCUGAAAUCUGACUUUAAUAUUCGUUUUCUCUUAGCUAAAUUACGCCACCAUUUAAUCAAAGGUGAAAUACAUAGGAUUAAUGAGGUUCACUUUGCAAUAUCUUGGCAUCAUGCUCAGCGCAGACAUUGUAGGCCAAAAGGCCUGUUACAUGUUCUAAGUUUAUAUAAACAUACCGUUCAUUUCAUUCUCAUCAAGGACUACCAUAUAUUGCAAAUCACUUCCUUAAGUUGCAUGAUUUUUUCCUGCUAGCAAUAUUUAAUGCUAAUUCAUUGUUUCUUUUAAAAUUGGAAAAUAAGUUCCAAGUGGAUACAUUGCUCUAUGCUGAAUGAUACUUUACGCAGAUACUUUUUCUGAUGCGUUCUUGUUGCUGUGAUAUAACGGACUUAUACUUGUAUGCAUUGAACUGUAGUUCAAUAAAGCACAAUUACAAUUUGUGAACUGAUAUGUUAAAGCUCGAGUGAAUUACCAGAUGAUUCUUCACCUAAAUUACAUAUUCAAAUAGUAUUUUACAGUCCUUCUUAUGUGUUAAUGCCAAGAAUGCAAAAUAUAUUUUUCAUUGUAUUUGGUUCUCUCUUUGAUAAUCCUUCAAGUAAAAAUCAGUGCCUCUUGAUCUUUAAAAUAAUGAGUUUGGAUAUUUCAUCUGAAAUUGAGAUUCUAACAUCGUUUUCUGUUGCAAAUAAAAUAAUGUUGUAAGCCGUCA